UGGCUCCUUAGCCGCCCGAUUCGAAAUUCGGCGCGGCUGGCCAUGGCGUACGCAGGGGACAGCGUGGUUUACUAUGAGGGUGUGAGGGCGGAGGAUCCCCUGCUGAGCUUCGGCCUCCACACCUCGGUGAACCAGCUGAUCGUGGAUGUGACCGAGAAGCAGAAGGAGAGCUUCCGGCAGCGCUACGAGCGCGAGGCGGCGCAGCUGCGCAGCAAGUACCAGGGCCUUGAGCCGGAGUUCAGCGACGACGACAUGAACGCCUCGCUGCCGGAGCAAGACAGGAAGCGCGGCUGGCAGUAUCCGCUGACCAAGACGCAGCAGAAGAAGGAGUUCGGGUGCAUCCCUGCGGAGCAGCAGCGCUUCUUGUGGCGGCUCCAGGACGGGCACCUGGACAUCGUGGAGGACUACCUGGGCAACCCCAAGAUGCGAAAGUCCGUGGACCUGAACCGCUACGACGCGGAGGGGCUGACGCCUCUGCACCACGCGGCCAAGUUGGGGCGCGGGGACAUCGUGAAGGCCCUGAUCGCGGGCAACGCGGACCCUCUGCUGCGGGACAAGGUUCACGGCUGCACGGCCCUGGACUAUGCCAAGAGCCACGGGGAAGCCGCGGAGGCCGUGAAGGCCAUCCAGAACUUCGUGGUGUGAGCGGCGGAGCUCGCGAGAAGACGAAAAUAUUGGAC